AUGCCUGAGCCAAACUUUGUACAGGUAGAGAGUAUGCCUGACUUGGUACUGGGUCCACCUGCUGAGACGAUUGAAGAGGAUUCACCGCCACAACGUAUACCUGCUGUAGUUCAGUUUGCUAGCUCAUGUCCAGGAGAUAUUGGAUUCUUACGAAAUAACCCGACAAGAAGCUCCUGGACGCCGACAUUAGAGCCACAUCCGGCUGAACACGAUGUUUUUGAUCUUUCCAAGAGUCCUGCACUUGCAGUGAUGUCAGCAUUGAGAGAGAGAAUGCCAUUGGGUGAAUUCCAUGGCAAUGAAGGAAUAGCGACAUUACAAGUUGGAACGGGAUCGUUGAGAUCGCGAACACAACCAUCAAGGCAUUAUUAUGCAUCAGACGAGUCGGCAAGUUACACUGUAAGUGCUGAAUUGCUGGAAAGACUUAGUAUCACGUCAGAGGAAGAAGGAGAGAGUAUCGAGAAUCGAGAUGAGCGUUAUCGGAUGCCAGAGUAUAAUUCUCAAAUGUCAACAGAUGAAAGACGAAGGUCUGAACGGCGUGAGUCGUGUGGCAAUGUAUCGGAUACUGGUGACACAGGCAUCUUUGAAUUUGACGACCAAUAG